GCCCGGCCCGGUCCCGGCUCGGCUCAGCUCAGCUCAGCUCAGCGGCCGGCGUCUGCGCUGUAGUAGGAUGGUAGCUCACACUCGAUGGAUCCCAGACCUGCUCAGAGCUGAGGAGCUCAGGUGACCUUUGGAGUCAAGGAUCCUGGAGCGGCGUUUCCUCCCCUAGCAUGGGGCUUUCAUUCCUGGUUUGCCUCUCCCUGGGGUUCAUGCUCACUGGAGUUUCUUUCAGCACUUGGCAGUGCCCACGGAUUCCCUAUAAUGCUACCAGGGACUUCACCGUCAAGUACGAGCUGCCCAGCUUCACCGCAGAUGGCCCCAUCCAGAACAUUGUCACCUACAAGGAUCCGAGCGGAGUAGCCGCCCUCUUUGUGGCGGUGCGGAACAAGAUCUAUGUGGUGACCCAAGCACUAGCAAACUCAUCCAUCAUCGUGACUGGCCCCGUGGGCAGUGCUCAGUGCGAGAUCUGUGCCCAGUGCCAGGAGCUGGGAGCCGUCCGGAAGCCUGAAGACACAGAUAACGUGGUUCUGGUGCUGGACCCAUCUGAGCCGUGGCUAUACAGCUGUGGCACUUCCCAGCAUGGCCGGUGUUUCCUGCACGAAUUGGAAAUCCAAGACAGCCUGGUGGUGGUUAGUGCCACCUACUGUUUGUAUUCAGCGGACAACAGUCCUGCUGAGUGCCCAGACUGCGUGGCCAGCCCCCUGGGGACGAGGGUCCUGGUGACUGAAACCAGCCAUGUUUCUUACUUCUACAUUGCCUCUACCAUCAAUAGCAGUAUAGCUGCGAGGUACAGCCCAGAAUCUGUGUCUAUCCGGAGACCGAAGGCUACCUUGGAUGGGUUCUUCCAUGUUUCCCGUUCCCUCAACGUGCUGUCAGAGUUCCAGGACUCCUACCCCAUUGACUACGUGUAUUCCUUCAGUGCCCAGGACUUUGUGUACUUCCUGACUGUCCAAAAGGAGAGCCCCAUGUCUGGAUCGUACCACACGCGGCUGGCGCGGCUGAGUGCCGAGGAGCAUGACAUGCAUCAGUACCGCGAGCUGGUCCUGGAUUGCCGCUUUGAGUCCAAGCGGAGGCGGAGGCAGAGCUUGGACGGGGAGCACAAGCGCGAUGUGGCUUUCAACGUGCUUCAGGCAGCCUAUGUGGCCAGGCCGGGCCCAAAGCUGGCCCAGGAAAUCAGCGUCAACAACACCGACCUGGUCCUGUUCGGUGCGUUCGCUGAGAGUGAGGCGGAGAGUUCCGUGCCGCGCUGGUACUCGGCGGUGUGCGCCUUCCCUGUGCACCAGAUCAACCAGGCCAUUGAGGAUGGGAUGUCCAAGUGCUGUGGUGUUGCCCAGCGUGAGCUGCUGCGAGGGCUUAGCUUCUUCCAGGCCGUUGAGUACUGCCCCCACAACGUGAACCUCUCGUCUCCGGUGGUGGAUACCAGUUGCUGGAACAAGCCCACCCUGGUCACCACGGCCCCCUACAAGGUGGAUCUGUUCAAUGGGCACAUGGUCGGAGUUCUGCUCACCUCCAUCUUCGUGGAGGCCCAGGGCAAUGUGACGGUCGCCCACCUGGGCACGGCGGAGGGGCGCAUCAUGCAGGUGGUGCUUCAGCGAUCCAGCUCCUACACUGUCACCUUGGCUAAUUUCUCCCUGGGCAAGGAGCUGCCGGUGCUGCGGGAGGUUGGUCGGCUGGAGGACUCUCUGUUCUUCGCCACUGGAAACAAGGUGUCUCAAGUUUCCCUCACUGGCCCGGGCUGCCGCCACUUUCUGACAUGCCAGCGCUGCCUGCGGGCGGAGCGCCUCAUGCAGUGCGGCUGGUGCGGGGGCACGUGCACUCGGCAGAAGGACUGCGCGGCACUAUGGACCGAGAAGAGCUGCCCUCCUGUCCUCACUGAUUUCUACCCCCGAAGUGCCCCCUUGCAUGGCCGCACCCGUGUGACACUCUGCGGGAUGGGCUUCCAGUCGCGCCCGCACUUCGCCACCGCCGUUGGGUCCCCCGUGGCCAGCAGCACCUACUGGGUGACGGUGGGGCAGAGGACCUGCACUGUGCUGCCUGAGAAGAGCCUGGACAGGAGGCCCCCCGUGCUGCCCCGCACCAAGGCCGCUGUGGACGUGCUGGUAUGUGAGCUGGAGCUGAACAGCACCCAGGCGGUGGCGGUGCCCGUCACGGUUCAGCUCACCAUCGAGGAGCAGACGAGGGACCCGCCCUUCUAUGUCAGUGGCUCCUCAUCCCUCAGUGGCUUCGUCUUCGUGGUGCCGAACAUCACUGCCAUCCACCCUGCAUAUGGCCCGCUGGCCGGCGGGACCCAGCUCUCCAUCCGGGGCCGAAACCUGACCGUGGGCAGCAGCUGGAGAGUGACGCUCGCUGGGGUGGAGUGCCCCGUGGUGGGGCAGCAGAGCCACACCGAGAUCCGCUGCAUCAGCCCUGCAGCCAGCAACCUGCACUCUGUCCCCGUGGACGUGUGGAUAGAUGGGCAGCAGUUCCCUGCCCCGGAGCCAUUCCAGUACCGCCCAGACCCCGUCCUCCAUGACAUCUCCCCCACCUGCGCCUACGAGGGUUCGACCCUCACCAUCCACGGCACCAGCCUGGACUCCGUGUAUUACCCCAGAAUCCAGUUUGUGGAUGCCAGCGUGGCAACGGAGGCCAAGGUGUGCAUGGGGCCACGCUCCCCCGAGCAGCUGGUGUGCCAGAGCCCAGCCUACCCCUUCGCUAACAGGGUGGAGAGCGCCCAGGGCAACCUGACUGUGCUGCUGGACGGCUCCCCCGGACGCAGGGCCUUCCGCGUGCAUUACUACCCCCCGCCCCAGAUCCUGCCCUUCGAGCACGAUGACGACACUUACCACCUCAAGUCUGGUGACCACGAGAUUGAGAUCCAUCAAAUCGGGCUGGACGUGUUGGUGGGCUGCAUGAGAAUCACUGUGACGGUGGCGGGCCGGGACUGCCAUCCCAGUGUGCUGAAGAACGAGGUGACCUGCCGGAUCCCCAGGAACCUGAGCCUCCCCCUGGAUGGAGCCCCUGUGCAGAUCUGUGUGAAUGGUGCCUGUCAGGACCUGGGCUGGGUGGUGGCCACCAUCUCCCCGGACCCCCUGACUGGCAUCCUCUUGGGCACCAUCACCACCUUCAUGUUCGGCUGCCUCCUGGCAUUCCUGGUGCUGAAAUGCAGACGCAGGAGGAAGAUGGGGACCGAGAAUUUGGAGAUGCUGGUGAAUCCCAAUGGGAAUACCCCCAGAUUCGCCCUGCUACCCUCCUCCAUGGACUACCGGGAUGUGCAGGCGGUGCUUCCCCCAGCCGCCACUCCCAGUGGUGGCUUUGCCAGCAGGCGCUUCCGAGAUGCCUCCUACACGGGCAGUAGUGACGGCUCUGCCAUGCCGCUCGUGAGGAUGCCAUCCUGCUGCAUCGAAAACCUCCGUCCUGAGCUGCUGGAGGAGGUGAAGGAUGUCCUGAUCCCAGAGGAGCGGCUGCUAACACACCGGGACCGGGUCAUUGGCAAAGGGCAUUUCGGGAGCGUGUACCAUGGCAUGUACAGAGAUCUGGCAGAGAGGGAGAUCCACUGUGCUGUGAAAUCCCUGAACCGGAUCACCGAUGUGGAGGAGGUGGAGGAAUUCCUGAAGGAGGGGAUUCUCAUGAAGAGCUUCCAUCACCCCCACAUCCUGUCGCUGGUGGGUGUCUGCCUGCCGUGCCAGGGAUUGCCCCUGGUUGUGCUGCCCUACAUGCAGCACGGAGACCUCCGGCACUUCAUCCGCUCCAACAAACGGAACCCGACGGUGAAGGACCUGAUCGGUUUCGGGCUGCAGGUGGCGCAGGGCAUGGACUAUCUGGCCCACAUGAAGUUUGUGCACAGGGACCUGGCCGCCAGGAAUUGCAUGCUGGACCAGGCGUUCACGGUGAAGGUGGCGGAUUUCGGCCUGGCCCGGGAUGUCUUUGAUAAGGAGUAUUACAGUAUCCGGCAGCACCGCCAGGCCAAGCUGCCCGUCAAGUGGAUGGCGCUUGAGAGCCUGCAGAUCCAGAAAUUCACCACCAAGUCGGACGUGUGGUCCUUCGGGGUCCUCCUGUGGGAGCUGCUGACACGUGGGGCCCCACCGUACCCUGAGGUGGAUCCCUACGACAUAACAUCCUACUUGCUGAGCGGCCGGCGCCUGCCGCAGCCCGAGUACUGCCCGGACUCGCUGUAUGCGGUGAUGCUGAGCUGCUGGGCUCCAAGCCCCGAGGAGCGCCCCACCUUCUUCACCCUGAUCGGGGAGGUAGAGUGCAUCAUGGCCUCCCUGAAGGGCGAGCACUACAUCAACCUGAGCGCCACCUACGUCAACCUGGAGCCCAGCCCAUCCAGCCCGCCGGUGCCUGACUCCGAGGACGAGCUGGCCUCCAGCGGGGAGGAGGGUGAAGCAGCUGCCACAUGUUAGGGGGCGCUCUCCGCCCCGUGGGGCACCAGGAACACAGUCAGAGCUGGCUGGGGAGACCUGGGCUGGGCAGCGUGUCAGGGGGCUGUGGCGACGCGAUGGGAAGAGGUGCCAGCACCCGGCUGGGCUCCCAUUGGCACUGCCCGGCUGGGGUGUUAGAACGGGGAUGUUGAGCACUGUUGUUUUUCUACCUGAUAUUUAUUGUGUAGCGAAGAGAUACAGGGACUAUUUUAAUACAAAAGAAACGUCAAAACCAACCAGUUCUGGGGCUUGAAUCACAAAGUUUUGAUUUGGGGGAAGCUUUGGAAUUUUGGCUCUUUGUCCUGAUUCCAUGGGGGCUUGUCCAAAGGGGUGGAUGGAAAUUCGGCUCCCACCCGGUGCAGGGGCAGCUGGGCCUGGCUGUCAUGCUGUGUCCUCAGCAGGGCGCAGAAGUGCGGGCAACCCUCCCUCCCAGUGCUACCCACAGGCCACACGGAGCCAGGGCCUAGGAGUAUCCUGUGACUGAGUCUGGGGAUGUGGGAAUUGUUUGUCCUGGUUCUAGGCCUGGUGCCCCACACGGCUACUGGUGCUGUCUGGGCUGAGGGGAGGGCCCAGCGGCUAGGGGUGCGGCCAUAGGGGCUGGCACCAGUGGGGCACGCCCUGGUGCUGGAAAGCUCUCUACCCCCACUAGGAGCCAGGCGUGUGUGGGGCAGGGCCCUGGGGCACAGGGCAUGACCUCUCACACACAACCCUGGCAGGAACUGCCCGCCUGCACCCAGCUGGGUUCAGGGCCCUGCCGGCUCAGGGACUGGGCGUCCCUUCCGCUGUCUCAUCCCCUGCCCCAGCCCUGCCUUGGUGGGCACUCUCCGGAACAGAGGGGAAUUCAGUGUCCAUGGCCAGUUUGUCCAGCCUGGCCUGGCCCCGGGGCUUUCCCUGAGAUCGUGGCAAUGGCACCGAGGUGGCAAUGUGAGGGCAGAGGCAACACAAUGCUGAGCAAAGCUGGUUGCCAGGACACUGUUGGACCACACACACCCUCCCCUUUCUAGGGCAUGUCCCUCAAAUGCCAGCGGUAUCCCCAUGGUGCCCAGAGAGGGGCUGCAGCAGGGGAACUAUGUCCCAGAGCUCGAGGUUCCUCGCGCCUGAUCUCCUCUUGGAGCCAGGGGCAAGCUGGCAGGGGUAACAUCCCUAGGGAGUGCCAGGCAGGGACAACCCCUUGCUCAACUCCUUACCAGCCACUACACGGGACCCACCUUUCCACAGCGCUGGGCUGGGGCUGGCUUCGCAGGGGGCAGGGCUCAGGCCCUAGAGAGGGAACUGGCCGGCCCAGACUCUACCUGCACACCUGGCAGCAGCGUGAUGACGCAUCGCCCUCCUGCUGCUGGCACCCAGCCCCUUGGGCAGCCCCAGCCUGCUCUGGGUUUGCAUUGGCCUGUGGGGCAGAAGGGAGGGGCCCCAUCUCCAGAAGUGUGAGACUGCGCUGGCUGUGGGGUGUUGUUAUUCCCACAGGCACAGGGGGGUGGACAGUGAGGCCACAUAGAAUCAUAGAAUAUCAGGGUUGGAAGGGACCCCUGAAGGUCAUCUAGUCCAACCCCCUGCUCGAAGCAGGACCAAUUCCCAGUUAAAUCAUCCCAGCCAGGGCUUUGUCAAGCCUGACCUUAAAAACCUCUAAGGAAGGAAAUUCUACCACCUCCCUAGGUAACGCAUUCCAGUGUUUCACCACCCUCUUAGUGAAAAAGUUUUUCCUAAUAUCCAAUCUAAACCUCCCCCACUGCAACUUGAGACCAUUACUCCUCGUUCUGUCAUCUGCUACCAUUGAGAACAGUCUAGAGCCAUCCUCUUUGGAACCCCCUUUCAGGUAGUUGAAAGCAGCUAUCAAAUCCCCCCUCAUUCUUCUCUUCUGCAGGCUAAACAAUCCCAGCUCCCUCAGCCUCUCCUCAUAAGUCAUGUGUUCUAGACCCCUAAUCAUUUUUGUUGCCCUUCGCUGGACUCUCUCCAAUUUAUCCACAUCCUUCUUGUAGUGUGGGGCCCAAAACUGGACACAGUACUCCAGAUGAGGCCUCACCAAUGUCGAAUAGAGGGGAACGAUCACGUCCCUCGAUCUGCUCGCUAUGCCCCUACUUCUACAUCCCAAAAUGCCAUUGGCCUUCUUGGCAACAAGGGCACACUGCUGACUCAUAUCCAGCUUCUCAUCCACUGUCACCCCUAGGUCCUUUUCCGCAGAACUGCUGCCUAGCCAUUCGGUCCCUAGUCUGUAGCGGUGCAUUGGAUUCUUCCAUCCUAAGUGCAGGACCCUGCACUUAUCCUUAUUGAACCUCAUCAGAUUUCUUUUGGCCCAAUCCUCCAAUUUGUCUAGGUCCUUCUGUAUCCUAUCCCUCCCCUCCAGCAUAUCUACCACUCCUCCCAGUUUAGUAUCAUCCGCAUGCUCUGCCCUGCAGCCCCUGUCCCAGCAGGGUUGCUCCUCAGCACCGAGCCUCCUCCCUGGCACAGUGCGGGGGGUGCUGGCCCCCUGCCCUGUCCCAGAGGGCCCCCCCCCCCAUUGGCCUGCCGGGAUGUGAGGGAGAGAGAACUGGCCUGCAGUACCUGAAGGAUUGAAGGGGCAGCCAGCUGUUCAGUGCAGGAGAUGGGCUGGCCAGACAGGGCCCAAGGAUGCUACCAGUCACACACAUGCACACACCCACUCUGGGCUCCUACCCGGUGCUGUGCCAGAGAUUGGAUUCUCCUCCCCCUCUCCCGGGGCCCAACCCAAUCCUGUGCCAGGGACCGGAUCUUCACAUUCUGGAGCCCUCAGCUGGGGCCACAGGGAAGGGGGCAGGCACUGUCCCCCCACCCUGAGUGCCAGCUCCACUCGCAGCCACUGCAGCACAGGUGGUGCCCCACCCUCAGAGCCAGGCCAUACUGUGGGGGAGCCUGUGGCGAAGCAGCAAGUGCCACGCGGUCCGUUGUUUCUCAGACUCUCCUGCAGUCGCGACUCUCGGAGCUGGCACGAUGGGGCUGCCCCCAGCCAACACUCCAGUGCUGAGCCCUACAGCUAGCAGCCCCUAGCGCUGGGAAUGCCAUGCAGUGCCUAGGAUGGCAGAUCUGCCCAGCUGGGCCAAAUCUGAGCGGUGCAGGGGCAGCCCAUGGCCAUGCUGUCUAGGGAGGCAGCUUUAUCUUGAGCUGCCUCUGCCUGCUGCUCGGGCUCUGGCCCGUGGCCCCUCUCGCCACCAUGGUCAGGGCUCAGGCCUGCAGAGGGCACUGUUGGGGCAGAUGGGAAGGGUGGACAGCAGGGCCCCCACCUGCAGGGGUUUGUGCCCAGGGCAGAGCAACAGUGGUUGCAACAAUGAUCUGUACAGUCACAGUUUAUGUCAAUAACGUCACACCCCCAAUGUACAAUUGAUGCAGGAAGGGAUGAUGCAAACAUCACUGACUGCAUCCCAAGAGUUCCCCAUCCUUGGUUCUGUCUUACUACAGCUAGGAUUCGUGUAUAACAGAAAUGGUUUAUUCAAGUUCUGUUCAAUAACAUGACUGAAUCUCUUUACAAACUCAAGGCAAAACUUGGUUAGAACAAUAGUGGAUUGGAUCUGCUCUUGCAGCAUGGUUCCUGUAUGUUUUGUAUGAUUUUGCCAAGAGCUAAAGUACAUAGCUACUUUAUCCAUACAAGCUCUGGCAAAUGUUUGGAACCCAUUUAAUAUCAAGACAAUGUAGAUAUUAACGUUAUUCAUAGUAUAGGAAUCUUGACAAUGUAGAUAUUAACAUUAUUCAUAGUACAGGAAUCUUUAGCUGUGAAAGCAAUAUGGUAGUGUGCCUUAGUUUCCCUUUUCAUACAGUAUAUUUUCCCCUGUGAAAAGUUCCAGUGCUGUUUACAGGUAUUAACUGUGAAACUUCAGUAUAACAAGGCCUUUUAACAUAAAGUGUAAUUCUUUUAACAUGUUCAAGGGUUUUUUCCAAAGAUUAGGCACAUUGUACAUUUUUACAGUUCUUGGUAAUAGCAACACAUUAGUUACAAAAAUUACCAUUAGCAAUAACAAAUUAAUUGCAAGUGUCCAUUUUUGUCAUGCCACGCCUUUGGCUUAAUAAAAAUUGGGGUUUGGGCCUUUUAGAGUUA